AUGAGUGAUAAUCGUACUGAAUCAUACCGUCAAUGCCUCCGGGACAUCAGAGGCCUGAUGGCUCAUUAUCUUAUCCCUAAUACUCUCGGUUACAAUCUCAUGAUUGCCCUUCUCGACGAAAUUGAGAGCGUAUAUCUGCACAAACGGGCUGUAGCUGCUGUACACCAACAUGCUGCUGCUGCUGAGGAUGCUAAGACCUUUGCCCCCGGUAACGCUUCCGGAAAGAGGAAGAAGUUAUAG